AUGACUACCGAAGCUGGAUCGUCCGCGACGUACAAUGCUGGCUGCCACUGCGGCCACAUCACCUUGUCUGUGACUCUAUCGCCUCCAUUGCCCGAGCACCAAGUACUCAAUUGCAACUGCUCCAUCUGUCGCAGCGCUGGGUACCUCCUCGUGUAUCCGGAGGAAAACGAGGUAGAGUGGCACGAUGAUUCUAGGGCAAAGUGCGUCAACUACCAGUUCAACACCAAGAAGAAGGACCAAAUGUUUUGUCCGAAAUGUGGCGUGAGUAUCGGUAUCGACUUUCGAAGACUCAAGGCCGAAGACCCGAAAAGAAAGGCCUACGGGAUCAGUGUGCGCACUUUUUACGGCAUUGACCUGGAUACCUUGAAGUACAAGAAGAUUGACGGAUUCAAUCAAUUCCCUCCUUUCGGGGACGCUGUCAGGCAGGACGCCAAAAGUGUAGGGUAG